AUGCGUCCCAACCCCGAUUCUGCGGGCAACCACUCGGCCCUCCCCGAACCCGCCCUGACCACGAGAUCGUCCUUUUCCGAUUCGUAUUCGGUCCAAUCCAAACGUCUGUCGGGAACAUCGCUAUACUCGUUGGCCUCCGCGCGUGGUGUGAUUGUCGGUCCUUCUCAAUCUAAUCGAGCCUCCGAGCAAGGCGAGCCUCCGCGGUCGGUCCAGGGCCUGAUGUCGUCUACAAAAGGGUCGGCGUCGGCCCAGCCAGAGGCCGCAGUGUCCAAUGUGACCGUGACAACCUCUUCGGCCAACCAAUCCGGACAUGCGUCUCCUAGCAAUCACAGCCUGGCGGCCAGAGACUCGCAGGCGCACGAUCUUGUCAGGCGAAACCAGCGUUCCGAAACCAUGCGAAGCAGCCAACCCGAUCGCUCUCGGAGUAGAGCAAAGAGACGAUUCAGCGGGAGCACCGCAUAUAGUAGCCAGAGCCCUAGCAGCGAACGAGGACCUCAUUAUCGAGAGAAAGAAGAAGCCAAACCGGCUCCUCUAGGUAUUAUCGGCAUAUGCGCCCUCGACAUCAAAGCCAGAAGCAAGCCAAGCAGGAAUAUUCUAAAUCGCCUCAUCGCAAACCGCGAGUUCGAUGUCGUUGUUUUCGGCGACAAGACGAUUCUUGAUGAAGAAGUUGAAAAUUGGCCCAUGUGUGACUACCUAAUAUCCUUUUAUUCUGAUGGAUUUCCCCUCGAGAAGGCCAUCGCCUAUAUAAAGACGAGAAAACCCUUCUGCGUCAACGAUGUGCCCAUGCAAAAGAUCCUUUGGGACCGCCGUGCAUGCUUGCGUCUGCUAGACAAGAUCCAAGUUCGAACACCAAACCGCCUCGAGGUCACACGAGACGGUGGACCAGAGGUUCUCAGCCCAGAAAUGACGAAAUACAUCAAGGAGAUAUCAGGCGUGAGCUUGGAGCCCGCCGACCCCGAAAAUACCUUGCCGCCAAAAAAGGUCGAGCUAAUAGAUGACGGCGACGUCCUCAGUGUCGAUGGCGCACUCCUCAAGAAGCCCUUUGUAGAGAAGCCCAUCAGCGGCGAGGAUCAUAACAUCAUUAUAUAUUUCCCAAAGAGCUCAGGGGGAGGAGGACGAAGGCUGUUCCGAAAAGUUGGAAACAAGAGCUCGGAAUAUGUUCCCGACUUGAAUAUCCCCAGGGCGAUUACCGAGCCUGAAGGCAGCUACAUCUACGAAAGCUUUAUGGAAGUCGACAAUGCCGAGGAUGUCAAGGCGUAUACCGUUGGUCCUCAGUAUUGUCAUGCGGAAACUCGCAAGUCGCCCGUUGUCGAUGGUAUCGUUCGGCGAAACACGCACGGAAAAGAGCUGCGCUACGUUACUAGCCUGAGUACCGAGGAAAGGGAGGUAGCGCGCAAGAUCUCGACUGCUUUUGGGCAAAGAGUCUGCGGCUUUGACUUACUGAGAGCCUCUGGGAAGAGCUAUGUCAUCGACGUCAACGGCUGGAGCUUUGUCAAGGAUAAUGAGGACUACUACGAGCAUUGCGCCAGCAUUCUUAAAGAUGUUUUCAUCAAGGAACGGCUUCGUCGUGGCAUCACAUCACCGCCAGUUGCUUCUCCCGCCCCUUCUUCUUCAGAAGCCGACCCUAUCGCAAGAGCAGGGCAGACGAUUGAGCAAGGAGGCUCCAGCACCACUGCUGCGCAACCCAUACCCGUGGCAAAACAGAGCAACCGCUCAUCGCAGGCUGAGCAGGCCGACCAAGCCGAAUCAGCGAUUGCUCCUAGCAACACAGCGUCGCCUACCAUACAAAGCACGCGGACGUCCGUUGGUCAGAGCACAGCAGGCAGCCCUUUGAUGCCACAGCCAUUGCCACCGCCAGCCGCAGACAUUACGUCGCCGAGUGUCUUGUCGACGACUCCUGCGUCUAGCAAGGAUGCAUCACAGUCUCCCGCCGGCGCCUUGGCGCAGGAAGAGGAAGAGGCUGAGCCGUCACCCCCUCCUCCACCUCCUCCAAAGCAUUCGUGGAAGUUGAAAGGAAUGGUUUCGGUAAUCAGACAUGCGGACAGGACUCCCAAGCAAAAGUAUAAGUUUACUUUCCAUACUGAGCCUUUCAUCGAUCUUCUCAAGGGCCACCAAGAAGAGGUGCUGCUCAUCGGAGAGCCAGCCUUGGCGAGCGUGAUACAAGCCGUAGACGUCGCUUACUUACAGGGCAUCGAAGACAGGGAGAAGCUUAAAUCUCUCCGAAACGUCCUGGUAAAGAAGGGAAGCUGGGCUGGAACCAAGGUACAGAUCAAGCCCAUGUUCCGCAAGAAGAAGCCGCUGCAAGUGCCGGAAUCUGAGGAAGCUCCCAUGGCAGCGAGCCAGACCGGGGAAAGCACUCCGCUAAAUCCAGGAGGCGAUACAGAGCCAACUCCUGAGGGGCGGUCAUCAAAGAGGCAUGAUUCAGUUUCAGAAGUGACCAUGUCGAAGUUUACCGCCGCCGAAGAAAGCCUUGUCCUCGACAAGCUUCAACUCAUCGUCAAGUGGGGCGGAGAGCCUACGCACUCCGCGAGGUAUCAGUCACAGGAGCUAGGAGAAAACAUGCGUAACGACUUGAUGCUACUCAACAGGGAUAUCCUCGACGAGGUCCAUGUCUACAGCAGCUCCGAGAGGCGGGUUACGGCUAGCGCACAGAUCUGGGCAUGCUCAUUUUUAGGCCAAAAGGAACUACCGGAAGACUUCAUCACCAUCCGCAAGGAUCUUCUAGACGACUCCAAUGCUGCCAAGGACGAAACGGACAAGGUAAAGAAGAAGCUCAAGGGCUUGCUCCGCGAAGGCAACGACCGCCCGGCGCAAUUUGCCUGGCCUGAGAACAUGCCUGAGCCGUCCGAGGUGCAGAACCGGGUGGUUCAGUUGAUGAACUUCCAUCGCCGGGUUAUGCAGUACAACUACGGCAAACUGUACCCCAGCAACGCCGCCACAUCUCUCGGUGCCAUCUCCAACCCAAGCAGCGAGAGGCUCAAUGGCGAGGGAUCCAGCACGUCGUUGUCGUCAGCACUAUCACAGGCUAAUGCAGUGAACAACAUUCAACCCAGGUGGUGCUGCGGGGAAGACGCGGAUCUCUUCCGGGAGAGGUGGGAGAAGCUGUUUACGGAGUUCUGUGACGCGGAGAAGGUUGAUCCCAGCAAGAUCUCUGAGCUCUACGACACGAUGAAGUUUGACGCCCUGCACAACAGGCAGUUCUUGGAAUGGGUCUUCACCCCUCCAAGGAGUAUGCUUGAAGAGGAAUACGGAGUCAAGGAUGGUAAGACCGCAAAGGAUAGCGAGGAAGCCAAGACAGCGGUGGCAGACGAUGGCAAGACAAGCUCAGGGACCUCCCCUGACAACUCGGACAAGACAGAAGGCUCCAGCCGAUCGGCAACCGUGAAGAAGCUAUUCCGGCGACGAUCUUUCCUCAACAACCUUCGCCACAUUAACGACGAGGCGCCGCCGGAGCAGUACUUUAGGCUGUACAAGAGCAGCAGCGCCUCGGCGGAGAAGCCAGACCCGCGGAACGAGCCGCUGCAGGAGCUCUACCGGCUAGCCAAGAUCCUCUUCGACUUCAUCUGCCCCCAGGAGUACGGCAUCUCGGAUAGCGAGAAGCUGGAAAUCGGCCUGCUGACGUCCCUGCCGCUGCUCAAGGAGAUUGUCCAGGACCUGGAGGAGAUGCAGGCCUCCAACGACGCAAAAUCCUUCUUCUACUUCACCAAGGAGUCGCACAUCUACACCCUGCUCAACUGCAUCAUUGAGGGCGGCAUCGAGACGAAAAUCAGCCGGAGCACCAUCCCAGAGCUCGACUACCUCUCGCAGAUUUGCUUCGAGCUGUACGAGUCGGAAGUCAGCCCGCCCGCGGAGGGCGCUCCGGGCGACGAGCCCACUUUUGCUUAUAGCAUUCGCAUCACAAUCAGCCCUGGGUGCCAUGUCUUUGACCCCUUGCACGUCCAGCUGGAUAGCCGGCACUGCAUCGGAUGCGCGCCGCGGCGCAGUCUCACGCCCCAUCUAGAUUGGCUGCAAGUGAUCAAGACGCUACGUGCCAAGUUCAACCAGGUCAAGCUGCCAAAGACUUUCCUAGCCAUCAAUUUGUCAGAUGCCUUCAGCUUUGAAGAAAUCGACAAACAAGGCAGCGACCAAGAAGGAGCAGGAGAGCUCCUGGAGAUGAAAUCGGUCUCCACAAAGGAAGCAACGCCCGCAGAUGCCGGCCUCGAUGCGAGCGAAAGCUGCGCAGUCGCCGAUGACGAGGACGAAGCUCCUCCUGCUGCUGCUGCUGCGGCUGCUCCUAGCCAAUCAACUAGCUAA